CAGCAGCGAGGUGCGGGCAGUCUGCGCACGGACAUCGAUCGAAGCUCACGUUCCAUUCCACUCCCCGAAAUUCCCGGUGUUUUCCUUUUCGAUUCGUUGACACAUCUCGCGAGACGAGAUCGGAGCGGGAACGAUCCGCGGCGCGGUUUUUCUUUUACGCGACGUUCAGAUCGUGCGGGUCGUGUCUCGGUGUGGUGACACUUGUGCCUUUCGAAGAAAAAAAGACUGAAAAUCCUCGGCUUGUGACUUGAUCGUUCGCCACCCUGCUGCCAACUCUUGGGACACUCUCGGCUAAUCGUCGUUCGUUUACACUUCGAUCGUCGAGGACUAUGCGCUGUUAACGUCUCCGCACCCUCAGGCACCUGUAAGUCAAGACAAGUUAACAAAGAUGAAUACACAACUAUUUUUCAAAGAAAUUUUUCGGCUCAGAUAUCAAAACAACCGUUCAACAACAUUGAGCAAGGAUGCUAUAACGUGUUGACUAUUGAAUUUUCUUCAAAAUAGAAGUCAGAUUGUGGAAGGAUGUUUAAGCGGCUGUCGAAGUCGAGGCGCCACAGCGCCGACGACGUCGCGCUCUCGUUGUCCAGCCCGACGACCCUGGACGAGCCGCCGGGGACGUCGACGCCACGGGACAACUGUCAGGGUAUCGGCCCAGCCGCCCUGCUGAGGGUUUCGAGGACGAAGUACACCAGGAGGAGCUGCGGAGACGCCAGCGCCAUGCAGGCGUUGCUCGCCACGAAGCAGGACCAGGAGCAGGACGUCGCCGAGGCCGAUUAUCAAAUGGUCACCGCCGUUCCCGCGUUCAUCGUCGAACACGAGCCCGAGAAACAGCGAGGCUCGAGUUUCGGAGUCUGGGGACGCAGGAUGAGCAAGAAGAUAGAUUCGUUCCGGCGGGCUGGUUCCCGCGAGACGAUCUGCUCCAUUUCCGAAAGUUCCGACACCGGAACCAACAACAACAACAACUGUACAACCAGCAACAACAACAACCUAACCUCCAAGAUGGAUAAAACACUGCCAGACCUAAAAUCAGACUCUAAAUCGGAAAAGAGAAUACCGGGAACGUUUCACCGAUCACCAUCACCCUUCAAGUCCUUCUUCAUCCGCAUGGGUUCUACGGGGAUGUUAAAUUCCGCUAGAAGCAACAGAAGGUCGCAAAACGUUGACGACAGGCUGAAAAGCUGCGAGAAGGAGAAUCUAUUCAGGAGCUGCAGCACCAGUCAGCUCAACACCAGUCCGACCUACGUGAAAGGAGACGAUCCCUCGGAAGGUAUCGAUCUCCAGAUCUCCAAUCGCAAGGACAAGACCGUGUCCUGCGACGAUCUGGCGCACCAGGACGACGACGUCUUCGACGACCACAUCAGCGACGUGUCCGCGACUCUCUAUCCCCUAGGAGCUCCCUCGAUGACUAGCUUCAAUUCCUGCGAUUUCAGCCAAUCAAGGACCGAUUCACCCAUGCGAAAAAGCAGCAGCUGCGACUUCAAAGAAACGAAGAAGUCCAGCUUCCCCUACGCUUUCCUACGAUCGAAGCUCUCCGUCCUGCCCGAGGAACGUCAUAGCACGUUCGUGUCGAAAGACGAACGACUGUUCAAGACCGCCUCCGAGGAGCACUUCCCUACCCUGAAGAUAGAGGACUCGUACACCGGCACGACGACGCUAGGACGACGACGCACCAGGACCAGCAAUCUGGCCAGAGGAAGCCCAGGCAAGUGUCAGGAGCCCUCGACCUCGAAGUCUGGGCGAAACUCGUACGCGGAAUUCCGCAAGAACUCGAGCAGGUGCGAGCAAGACAGGUACAGCCUGAAUCCCGUCCACUUGGAGAGGAUCGACGACAACUUCCAGCAAGAAGACACCGGUUGCUACAGCUCGUACGACAGCAGUCCGAUGUCCCUUCGAGGGAACUGCACCGUUCACCACGCUGAUCCCAGCCAGGACAGAGUGGACUUCUCGGGAAGGACGAACGAGUCCAGGUUUUCCGAAACGUCGUCGUUGAACGUGGACCUUGACAUGGUGGCUACGCUCAGGAACCACCGGCGGAAUUCCGCGCCCAGCGGCGAACAGAGGCUCUCGUCUCAUUACGUGAGCUCUAACGAAUCGGGCUACGACAGCGACGGACCCAGAGGAGAGUCCGCUGCUGCUUCAGAGAACGAGGGACUGAGCCUGAAGUGCACCGAUAGCUCGGACACCAGCAGCGUCGUGGACUCCGAGCUGGAGAAGCCCAUAAGGAGCUCCACGCCUAGCGAGUGCCAGGAUCACGAGAACGGUCACGAUCCCAGGACGAGGGAGAGCUCCGAUUCGGAUGUUAGAGCGGGAAGUUCCGAUUUGAACGAGGGCAUCGAUGGACUCAGGUGGCAUCAGAGCAAUUCAGGCAGAAUGCUGCCCAGCAUUCAUCAGACAUACGACGACGCCGCGAUGAAUUCCCAGUUCCCCGUAUGCGGAAACGGGAUGAGCGGUUUGCAGGCCUCCCCCAAGCUAUUAGGCAUUUCGCAGCAUCGGAUGAGACUGCAGCAGGACAAGACCAGGUUCCUCAGCGACAUCAUUCAACCGCCGAAGAGGGUUAGACGAUGCCGAAUGGUGCAGCUACACAAGAGAGAUCCCAAGGAAAGUUUGGGAAUUCGAUUGGCGCAGCAACGAUUAGGAGAACUGCGGUACGUCGUUGUACAGUUGGAGAACGACGGGAUAGCGCACAGAGACGGCAGACUCAGGCUCGGCGACGAGAUCGUCGAGGUGGAGGGUAAGGAGCUGAGAACUCUGGAGACCCUGGAGGAGGUCCAGGAUUUCCUAAAAUCCUUCACCAAUAACAAGAUACGUUUAAUUACCGCCUACGAGGAGACGGUGCCGCAGGUAUACGUCAGCCCGCCGACAUUACCUGGGGAGUACGAGUACCUGGAAAACGCGAAGAAUCUUUCCAACCUGUCGUUGAUCGACGGUCAGACGCAGCAAGGCGCGCAGCUGGAAAAAUCGAGCAAGUCCGCCGAGGAGAGCAUUCAAUCGACGAAAAGGCCGGACUUCCUACCGCUUUCCUGCGUGACCAAGGAACGAAAGAGCGCGGAAAAUAGUCUCGAGUCCAGCACGGAGCAGCAACAAUAUCUGACGAGGCACAUCGCCAAAUUCGAGAAAGGCUACGGCAAACCAAGUCUUGGCUUCAGUGUCGUGGGUGGCAGGGACAGUCCUCGGGGGGAAAUGGGGAUUUUCGUCAGGAGGGUGUUCCCUGGUGGCCAAGCUGACGUCUCGAAGUCGCUGUUUCAAGGUGACGAGAUAUUGAGUUUGAAUGGAAAGGUCCUGCGCGGCUACACGCAUCAAGAAGUUAUCGAAUUAUUUAAAGCGGUAAGAGAAGGUCCGGUUGAGCUGGAAAUCACAAGGAGACACAGGUAUCCAAAAACUAUUCAGAAAUCCGCGCCAUGCUGAAGGGAUGGCAACGUGGACGAAUCUGCCCACCGAAAGUGCUCUUUCGAUACAACUCUAAGCGACCUUAUCGUUCGCUACGUACGAAGUUUUAGGAUUCUAGUCUAUCAGAACGAAUCUUCGAUCUUUGAUGUUUGUUUCGAUUAAUUUAUUUAUCGCGGUAUCACAGUUGCGUAGUACUAAUUUUAUUAUGAAAUGGUUAUUAUUAUUAUUAUUAUUAUUAUUAUUUUUAUUAAUAUUAUUAUUGACAUGAUUAUCAUGAUUAUGAUUAUUAUUUUAAUUAUUAUUAUUAUUAUUAUUAUUAUUAUUAUUAUGACUAUAAGAUUUUAUACAGAUGCGUUACAGAAACGUGAAUCUAUUGUAUGCGACUUUUUUUAUUAUACAGGACAAUAAAGUGGACGUACUUUUAA